AUGACGACUGCAAAGAUCUCCCACGUCCCUCAGAUCCAGCUGCUCUGCAUGGAAAAGCAGUUCGCUGUCGCGUUCGCCAAAGCACGCAAGAUUUGGGAGCUGCAUGAGUCGGUUUCCGUCCAUGUUCACGAGUGCCCUCUCAUUUAUCUAUCAGAAGAUGUCCAAUUCGACACCAUCGUAUCCCCUGCCAAUUCGUACGGCCGCCUCGACGGCGCAUUCGACGAUGCCAUCUCUCGCGCCUUGUCGCCUCGCGACGACUACCUCGCCCUGACGCACGUCGCCCAGCGACAGCUUUAUGAACAAUGGCGCGGCUUCGCGCCCCCUGGCACAUGCACGCUGGUCCGCAUCCCCGACGAGUUUCGCGCCCGCUCUCGCAACGUCUGGGGCACUCGUCGCGUCGCGCUCUGCCCCACGAUGCGAACGCCCACGAACGUCACCUGGGACCGGGAAAUCGUGUACGAAUGUGUAUGGAGCUUGCUUUGCGCCAUUGACAACCAUAACCGCGACGUCCGAGAAGGCAAGACCGCAGAGGGCGAGGAGAUUCGCAGCGUGCUCAUGACUCCGCUGGCGACGGGUGUAGGACGUGUGAGCCCCGAGAAGUGGGCUUCGCAGGCCGUCCUGGCAAUCAAUCACUUCGUCCAGGCCUCUGAGAACCCCGAGAAAUGGAGCAAACUUGACUGGGCUGAUUUUGACGGGCCUUGUGAAGAGGUGGCGGCUACUUGGCGAGACACACAGACUUGA